GGAGCCGAGCAAAUCAGUCGUCGUAUGAAUUUCUCAUUAUUGAUUAUUCAAACCCUAAAAAAAAAAAGUGAAGGAGAUGAAAAUGGAAAUAAAAGUGGGCGUUUCCUAAGAUAGCCCGGAGGGGGAUAAAACGGAACCACCGCCAAAUCUGGUUAAAGGCAGUUUAUAGAAAAAGCAAAUAUUUGUUUUUCCUUUUUUUUUUUUUUUUUUAAUUUUUACCGGGAAAAGGAAAAGGGGGGAAAAAAACGGUGAGAUUGUGCACAUGUGGCCUUAAUCGGCGGGCGGCGGCGGCGGCUCCGGCCUGAAGACCGCGACCAGCUUAGCUAGAUGCCUUCCUUUAACAAAAGCGCUUCAAAUUCUCGGCUUCAACAGAAGGUACCUGAUUCUGAUUUUUUUGAUUUUUCUGUUGGUCUACCGGAACCGUUUAUUCAGCGGCGGCUUACCAGACAGAGGAAGCUCCGGCAUCUUACGGAUCAAGACGUUGGCUUUGAACACCCCCGAUCGCUUCCUGAUUCACCUGAUAUAUCGGCAAAACCUAAAUCGCCUCUUGGGGGUUCUGAACGUUGGUCCUCCUCGCCUUCGCCCCAGCCUUUGCCGUUGCCGGAGCUCUUUCCGGUUCGGAGCCCGGAGUUCGGUUCUAAUUAUGGUCAAGGGCGUGUUGGAUCGCCUGUUGAAACUUCGGUCCGUAAUUCUGCUAUUAAAACUGUUAGGAAGUGCUCUGAUCAUGCGACAACGAAUGUAAGUAGAAGUUUUGGGCACAAUCAAAGGCGGGUUGCUACAGAUUUGACCCUGGAAGUUGUUGAUGGCAAUUCAAGGACUGGGGCUACCGCAUUUACGAGCCCUCAAAGUCUCUCGGCGAAUUCAGGGAAAUUGAAUCCGAAUAAGGAGUUUCUUUUUGGUUGUUCGGAUCAAACUCCAAACAACAAAGGCAGGGGAUCCCCUACGCAUCCGAGUGCUGAAAGGGGUAACUACAAUUUGACACCUAAGAAAUCGUCGUCAAAGAGUGCACCAACGAGCAUUUUACCAAGUCCUGUUGUUAGCCCACGAAAAUCAUAUAAUGGAAAUCAUUUUGUUCCUGGCUUGAGUCACCAUGAACAUCAGGAAUCUCCUUCCAAUAAUUCUCCUAAAGUACCACCCCUUAAAACUGCACUUAGUUCUCAGCCCUUUCCUCUCCAUAGCCCGACAGCUCGAAGUUCCAUAAGCAAUUCCCGAUCUCAUAACGAUAUGACAUUUCCCCUGCACACUAAGUUACAAAAAGAUAAUAGCAUAGAUCGGUCUGAAAGUCAUGCUCAUGUCAAUGCCCACCCAUUGCCCCUUCCUCCUCCAUUAGUGGCCUCUUCACAAGCAUCUGCACAGUCUCUUCCGUCAAAUGUUCAUCAUGUUAUUGAGAAGCCAUUCAUUUCAUCGAUGAAAGGUCAGUGGCAAAAAGGAAAGCUAAUUGGGCGUGGUACGUUUGGAAGUGUUUAUCUUGCAACCAACAGAGAAACUGGAGCUUUAUGUGCAAUGAAAGAAGUUGAUCUCAUUCCUGAUGAUCCUAAAUCUGCUGAAUGCAUAAAGCAACUAGAGCAGGAAAUUGAAGUUCUUAGUCAUCUUAAACAUCCGAAUAUUGUACAGUAUUAUGGAAGUGAAAUAAUUGGUGACUGUUUCUAUAUAUAUUUGGAGUACGUUUAUCCUGGGUCAAUAAAUAAAUAUGUCCGUGAACGUUGUGGAGCCAUUACUGAAUCUAUUGUUCGCAAUUUCACUCGCCAUAUUCUAUCUGGACUGGCUUACUUGCAUAGCACAAAAACAAUUCACAGAGAUAUCAAAGGUGCCAACUUGCUCGUUGAUUCAUCAGGCGUCGUCAAACUUGCCGAUUUUGGGAUGGCAAAACAUCUGACAGGGCAGUAUGAUCUUUCUUUGAAGGGUAGUCCGUACUGGAUGGCCCCAGAGGUCAUAAAAGCUGCAAUGUUGAAAGAUGCCAACCCUGAUCUUGCUUUGGCAGUUGACAUUUGGAGUCUGGGUUGCACCAUAAUUGAAAUGCUGAAUGGAAAACCUCCUUGGUGUGAGUUUGAAGGGCAUCAAGUUAUGUUCAAGGUGUUGAAUAAAACCCCACCUAUCCCAGAAAAGCUAUCUCCUGAAGGGAAAGACUUCCUCCAGUGUUGCUUUCAGAGGAAUCCAGCUGACAGACCAACUGCCAUGGUGCUCCUUGACCAUCCUUUCUUAAGAUCCUCAAGUGACUCGAAUGCUUCGAUCCCAACGUCAGCAUUUUCAACAAUGAAUCUCUUGGAAAAAUUGUUGAGUCCGAAGGAUCCCCUUAAUCCUAAAGGAGACCAGGCACAAAACUCUUCUGGAACUUUGACUUCAAAUGAUUAUUUGUCGUGCCGUAGCCCUUCAACAAACAUUUCAAGCAAUGUUCCUGCAAGUGCAGUCGCCAACCACCACUUUUCUAUUUCAAGGACUCAUAAAAGGGAAGUGCCGCACCUCUGAGCUAUGGUUGUGGACAUUUACAGGCAAAUACUCGACGGAGGAAGUUACCCACCCUCCACUUAAGGCCGCUAGAGGCUGGGAUAGAGUUCAUCUUCCCCCCUGACUCGCUUUAAGGACAAACCUCAUUCAAGCGAACUUUCAUAGUUCUUAGAAAUCACCGAACCUGAGGUCUUAGUCAAUUUCGAGUAAUUGCCCUGACAUAUUUUUUGUACUUAUAGAAAAGGGAUAUAACCCUUGAAAGAUGAUACUAGGAAAAGAAGAGUAUAUAAGCAUUCUUUUUGUAAUUCUAUAAACAGGAAUAGACUUGUAUCUGUAUAUAUUUAGUUUGCAUCGGCGCUCUCGUUUGCUACAAUGCAAACUCAAACAAAGGCAAGAUGCCAAUUUAAUGAUCUUGACAUUUCAGUA